GGUGCUGUCUUUUCAGAUUACAUCAGAUAUGACUAUGUGAAUAGCCUGGGAUAGCCCAAAGGCAGGACAGGAUGUCACAAUAACAUACAAAACAUUUUUGAGGGCAAGGCCAGCAAACCAUGCAGUCAUCAGGGCACCGUUUCCGCGAUGUCGAGCACCACCCGCUCCUGGCCGACAAUGACAGCUACGACUCCUCCUCAUCAGAGGCCGACAUGGCUGAGAGGGUCUGGUUCAUCCGGGACGGCUGUGGCAUGGUCUGUGCCAUCAUGACCUGGCUCCUGGUGGUCUAUGCAGACUUCGUAGUGACUUUUGUCAUGUUGCUGCCUUCCAAAGACUUCUGGUACUCYGUGAUCAACGGGGUUCUCUUUAACUGCUUGGCCGUGCUGGCGUUGUCGUCGCACCUGAGGACGAUGCUGACCGAUCCAGGGGCUGUGCCCAAAGGAAAUGCCACUAAAGAAUACAUGGAUAAUUUGCAACUGAAACCAGGAGAAGUGAUCUACAAAUGUCCCAAGUGCUGUAGUAUCAAACCUGAGCGUGCACACCACUGCAGUAUUUGCAAGCGAUGUAUCCGAAAGAUGGAUCACCACUGCCCGUGGGUGAACAAUUGUGUGGGGGAGAAAAAUCAGAGAUUUUUUGUCCUGUUUACGAUGUACAUAGCCCUAAUUUCAGCUCAUGCUCUCGUGCUCUGUGGGUUUCAGUUCUUCUCCUGUGUCCGAGGGCAGUGGACUGAGUGCAGUGACUUCUCCCCGCCUGUAACUGUGAUCCUGAUGAUCUUCUUGUGCCUUGAGGGUUUUCUGUUUCUCACUUUCACCGCAGUCAUGUUUGGCACCCAAAUCCACUCAAUAUGCAAUGAUGAAACGGAGAUUGAGAGACUGAAGAGUGAAAAGCCCACGUGGGAGCGGAGACUGCGCUGGGAAGGGAUGAAAUCUGUUUUUGGGGGCCAGCCCUCACUCCUGUGGAUCAAUCCUUUCGCAGGAUUUCGGAUCAGGCGACUUCUACUGCGAGGAAAGAAAGGAGGACCUGAGUUUUCUGUCUGAGUCUAACUAUGCUGGAACUUGCAAGAAUCCUAUAUAAUAUUUAUUUUGGGGCCAGAGAAGGCUGUCUGCAUAUAAUCUGUGACCAGGUGAAACUGAUUUCGGACAUUUGCUUGUAGCAAGCAGAGUUUUCUACGUUUAUCGUCACAGACAUCUCAUUAAUUCCGAGACAGGAACUGGAUCUGCCAUGGUCUUAACAGCAGGAUACCAGAGGAAAAGCACGUGGUCACAAUAAAGAAGCCAAAUGUUGUCAUGCUACUGUAAUUUAUUUUCUGAGAUUACUUCCCCAUUUUUUUUUUGUUCAACCUUUUUUAUUUGAUCAACGUUUGGGGAAUUAUCUGUGUGUUUUUAUAACGAGUGUAAGUCCUUGGGUGCAGUUGUCAAUCAUAAGGAGGAGCAUUCUGGUGAAAGUUGAUCCAGAUUUCAGGGAUUGGUGCUUGGUUCAGUCCUUAUUUCUSUCAUUCUCCCACUCCAGGCACACAUUCCUCACGUGCAGGUGAUCCCCAGGCUGGUGCCCAGCAUUGCCCACCCCAGGCACUGGCACAGCCCUGCCCAGCRUCUUCCCAGGCUCACUAAAGCAUCUCCUGUGCGUGGCACUGUCCAUCCCUUGUGCAUUUAGGGAAAGGCAAAACCUUCACUCAGCAGCUUGUGACUCCUGGCCAAAUUCUGGGGGCCAAAUCCUGCCCUGGGAUGUGCAUCUGUGAUUCCUCAAGCGUUGGUUGCAGAGGAACUGGAGCGUGGAUGGUGCAGGGAUGAGUGGGACCAGUGUCCUGCUGUGGGAGGUGACAGAGAAUGUACAAAUCAGGGGAAUUCACUGCAAAAUCUCGUCCUUGUAGGGUCUUGCUCUGCCUCUUUUUUACUGCACAAACUUUUCAGAGAAGGAAAGCUGUUAAUGACCCCUCAAAGACAUCAGAGAAAGGCRACUUCCCUCCUUUCUCAAGUACAACACGUCUUAAAUGUAGAAACAUCUGCAAUAGAACGAGUUAUUUUGAAUUUAACCAUUUCCAACCAAACUUACUUUGAAGAAAUGAGAGCAAUAUAGAUCUAGAACUGCUUUAUGUGGGCCUGACAAACAACGGUAGUGCUAAAAAAUGUUCAUAAAUCUGCAAGUAAUGAAAUGCAAGCUGCAAGUAAUAAAAAUUCAGCUCAAAAGUUGAUCCUUUAAAAAUUACAUUUAGACUAUUUUUUUGUAUUAACCUAUGAAUUACUGACAAWAUAAAGGAUAAAGCAGGAGCCUUGAUGCAUAGCUUGAAAUCGUGCCUAGAAAGUAAAUAGCUCCCUGUUUUGGGACUUGCCUUAAAAUUGUCCUGUUGUUGCUUUUGCUCAGCCAGUGGCACUGGUGCUGUGUCCCACCUGSAGCAGCUCAGCCCUGCYCUGCAGGAGCUGCUCYCUUUUCCAGUGCCCUGCUUCUCCAUCUCUUUGUGGCAUCCCGAUUCCAGCUCCAUCAGCUUCUGCUCCAUGGGGCAGGGGAAGUUUCUGAGGGAUCCUUUUCUUGUCUAUGGCCCCGUGAACAAAACUGUGCAAUACUUUGGGAUUAAGUUCACUUUGCAUGGGGGGUGUGGAGGUGUGGAAUGCUGGAGACUUCCCAGGGGUAAAUCCACAGGUGAGCAAAACUGGGGGAAGCUGGAAGCUCCACAGAUUUCUGUGCAUAUUCACUUGCACACCUUAACGUUUGGGAGGGAAGAAAGUGUCUGGCUUUGUCCURAGGCUCUUACUGUGUAUAUUGUUCAAGGAGAAAAUCAGAAAAUAUCACUCCAGGUGGUUGAACCCUGUGACUUGGCAAAYGUGUGCGUGUGAAAUCCGGUUUACUUGGCUUUUCAAACCCUUACGUUGUAAUUUUUUUUUUAAUGUAAAAAAGAAUAAACUAAUGAAAUGAA